GCGACAAACCCCGCCCCCCGAGCUAUAAAUACUCACAGCUCCCAUAUAUAUAUAGACCGGUCGUCUGCAGCACACAGAUCGGCGCGCUCACUGGCCUCGGUACGUGGCGAAUAAACGGAGAAGACGAUAUCACGUGCAUUGGUCACGCUAUCUGAGUGUGACGGUCAGCAGGUUGACGCGUUGGACCUUUGACCUUUGACCCGAAUCUCAUAUGACCAGAACCCGCUUCCUUUGAAAAAAUGGCAGCGGCAAGUGGAAUGCCACAGCUAGUGCCAUGUUUGGACGUGAGAGAAAAAGAAUAUGAUGGGGUGGUAGUUGUCACUGACAGUCCCAGCAAAUUAACAGGCAGUUUGAAGAGUCUGGGAGAGGCCAUUGACAACUAUGGCAAAAAAGAUCAAGACUAUACAAAGAGUGUGAAUCUCAUUCAGACUGACGCUGUGCCCUCUCAAAGACUGAUUUUUUCUCCUACUGGUCCCCUGAACCGUGACUACGAUGAUGUCAGACGGUUUACCGAUGCUUCUGUGAAAGGCAUCAAAAGGGCACUUAGUGCUGGCUGUAAAAAGCCUUUGCUUGUGUGUCCUGCGGAAGCCCUCUUCUCCAAAGCCAGAGUGGUCUCCAUCCUUGGGGCUCUGAGUGCUCUUUAUGUGCCACUAGAGAUCCGGGAAGAUUGUGAGGAUAGAAAGCAAAAGGCAGAGGCUUUGGGAAUCUUUGUCGAUGGAGAUUGGUCGAGUUGGAAGCAGGAUAUUGCCCGUGCCGAGGCUCUGGAGAAAGGAAGAAUUGUGACCCGUGAUAUUGGUGGAUCAGACCCAGAGCGUAUGGCAGCACCCAGGAUUGCUGAGUAUGUUCAGAGCAUUUUCAAGGACACCUGUAUUAAGGUAACAGUCACUGAUGACAUCCCAACUCUAAAAAAAGAGUUUCCACUGUUAGCGGCAGUGAACAGAGCGGCAAAUAUGGUUGACAGGCACAAGGCUCGUGUGAUUCAGCUGGAGUACAAAGCGGAUGGUGACAUUAGCAAGACACUAUUUUUGGUUGGAAAGGGCAUCACCUAUGAUACUGGCGGAGCAGACAUCAAGGCUGGAGGAAUCAUGGCUGGCAUGCACCGUGACAAAUGUGGUGCAGCAGCUGUUGCUGGCUUCUUUAAGAUUUUGGCUGAACUGAAGCCUCCAGGACUAAGAGUUGUUGGUGGCAUGGCAUGUGUCCGGAACAGUGUUGGCGAGGAGUCCUAUGUGGCUGAUGAGAUCAUCACCUCCAGAGCUGGGCGGCGAGUGCGUGUUGGAAACACUGAUGCUGAGGGACGAAUGGUUAUGGCAGAUGUUCUGUGCAAAUUUAAGGAAAUGGCGGCAGACGCGAAAAACCCAGAGCUGUUCACAAUUGCAACUUUAACUGGCCAUGCUAUUCGUGCUGUUGGACCUAACUACACAAUCAUCUUGAACAAUGGUCCUGCCAAGAAGAUUAGUGUUGCUUGCAAAUUGCAAGAAGCUGGUGACCUCUUUGCAGACCCCUUUGAAAUAUCCACCAUUCGAAAAGAGGACUAUGACUUCCACAAAGGGCCAUCAGAAUAUGAGGACAUUUUGCAGUGUAACAAUCUCCCAUCCUCUCAGACACCCCGUGGACACCAGUCUCCGGCUGCAUUCCUUAUCAUGGCCUCUGGUUUGGACAAGCAUGGAAUAGAUUCUGAUCAACCUUACCCUUACUCCCAUCUUGACAUCGCAGGCUCCAGUGGUCCUUUCCCUGGAAUCCCCACUGGAUCACCCAUUCUCGCUUUUGCAGCCCAGUAUGUGCUGCCUCGCUUGCCAUGAAAAGCUGCAGACAUGGAUUAAUGCGCAAAAGGAACACUUGAUGCAGUUUAUUGAUCCAUGAAUAUUUUCUAUUAUUUUGGUGUGUUAACUAUUAGUUUAUCAAGUCCUGAUAAACCUAAGGAAGAUUUUACUUUUUACGCAAUCCAGGUUGCAUAUCUAUAUAUGGCUAGAUAAUCUAUAGAAUGAUACAUAUGGAUUUCAAAGAUAUUUUCAAAGAUAAAAAUGUUUUUUUAUAUUUAGAAACCAGUUUCUAACAGUUAUAACGCUCUUUGUUUUCAUAAGUGUAUAAGUUUUUAAAUGUAUCACCAUUUACCCACAAGUAAUGAUUGCUGAUAUAAAGAUACAAAGAGACUGAGGUUCUUUUAAUAUCUGAUAGUGGUUUGAACAUUUAAGCUUCAAAUAGUUUUUCUUAUAUAUUUUCAUGUUUGCAAUAUUUUUGUGUGUCUGAAAAAUAUGACAUUCCUCAUGAAAAAUAAAGUUUUUUUUAUCAGUUCA